AGUAGAAUCACUUCAGUGUCACAAACCUUAUCGUAGAGCUAUACGAACCGGCCAGAAAUAGGUGUACGGUUUUCAACUGUUUUCAGUAUUCGCUCAUUUGUUUUAUCUUCUGGUGGUAGUAAUGUUAAAGUUUGUUAUUAAUCUUGUUCGUCCACAUAUUGAUGACGAAAGAACAUAUCAUGUUCUGAACUAGUUGAUAAAGCACAUGUGGGGAGUGGAGAUACAAUCUUUACGACACAGAUAAACAUUAUUUCCUAAUUCUGACCAGUUGCUGCUACGAGGCAUGAGUGAACACUCUCGAACUCGAAUGUUUCGAUAAUACUGUGAAUUCGUUAGUAUACCGUGCGAUAAGUGAAGAUUCUCCUGUUUGUAGAUUAAUUAUAAGACUGAAUAUGGUGGUGACUGUUCCGAAAAUUUUUCUGGAAAGGUGCUUUUCUUUGAACAAACCGAAUAUCUGCAAUGUAUUAUCAGUUUUUCCCAAUGUAUUUCCACAAAGAAGAAGCAUCUACACGGUGGAUCCGGUCGAUCCAAAGGAGCCGACGUUUAGGAAAAUACUCAUUGCCAAUAGAGGAGAAAUAGCAUGUAGAGUGAUAAAGACCGCCAAAAGAAUGGGCAUCAAAACUGUCGCUGUAUAUUCAGUAGCUGAUUCCCAAUCUUUGCAUGUGAGAAUGGCAGAUGAAGGUGUUUUCAUAGGAGAGUCACCAGCUUCUGAGUCAUAUCUGGAUAAAACGAAAAUAAUAGAUGCUAUCAAGCUAACUGGAUCUGAAGCAGUCCAUCCUGGAUAUGGCUUCCUCUCGGAGAAUGCUGAGUUCGUGGAAAUGCUAGAGAAUGAGAAAGUAUCUUUCAUCGGUCCAUCAGCCCGUUGUAUCACAGGCAUGGGUGACAAACUGGAAUCCAAGAGAUUAGCGAUGGCGGCAGGAGUCAACACCAUUCCUGGAUUCGAUGGCAUAGUGAAAGAUGCUGAUCACUGUGUUGACAUCUCGAGGAGAAUAGGCUACCCCGUCAUGAUCAAAGCAUCGGCAGGGGGAGGUGGUAAAGGAAUGAGGAUAGCAAGGAAUGAUAAUGACGCCAGGGAAGGUUUCAAACUGUCAACCCAAGAAGCCCAGUCGAGUUUCGGUGAUAGUCGAAUGUUAGUAGAAAAAUUCAUAGAUAAUCCAAGGCAUAUAGAAAUUCAAGUAUUAGGAGAUAAACACGGGAAUGUGAUCCAUCUCAAUGAAAGAGAAUGCAGUAUACAAAGAAGAAACCAGAAAGUAAUAGAAGAAGCGCCAAGUGUUUUCCUAGAUGAAGCCACACGUAAGGCUAUGGGCGAGCAAGCAGUGUCUCUCUGCAAGAAACUAGGAUACUCUUCGGCAGGCACGGUGGAAUUCCUGGUGGAUUCGAAUCGAAACUUCUACUUCUUGGAGAUGAACACCAGACUGCAAGUCGAGCAUCCCAUCACCGAGUCUAUUACUGGAGUGGACCUUGUUCAGCAGAUGAUCCGAGUGGCCAAAGGACACAAACUGAACAUUAGUCAAGAGGAUGUGAAAAUAAAUGGCUGGGCGAUUGAGAGUAGGGUGUAUGCAGAGGAUCCUUUCAAGAAUUUUGGAUUGCCAAGUAUAGGUAGACUUUACAAAUACAUCGAACCCAACAAUCUACCGGGAGUCAGAUGUGAUAGCGGCAUCCAAGAAGGCAGUGAAAUCAGCGUCUACUACGAUCCGAUGAUCUGCAAAUUGGUUUGUAGUGGUAAAGAUAGGAAAGAGGCGAUAGAUCGAAGCAUCCAAGCUCUAGAUUCCUAUGUGAUAAGAGGAGUCACUCACAAUAUACCUCUACUUCGAGAUAUUCUCAUUGAGAAGAGGUUCAAUAGCGGAGAUAUUAGUACAAAUUAUUUGCCUGAAAUUUAUCCAGAUGGUUUCAAAGGUCUCCAAUUGAAAAAUGAAGAAACACACAAACUCCUUGCCAUGGGCUCUGCAAUAUUCGCCACGAAUGAACUCAGAAGAAGACAAUUCUUGAACGCACCAAAACACAAGAUUUACGGAGAAAAUCUCGACAGGUGGCAACUUUAUAUAGAGCUCAACGAUAAGAAAUUCCAAGUGAAAGUUUCGCAGACCAAUGGGAAAUUCGUGAUCAACUUAGGAGAAGAAGUAUUCGAGAUAAAGAAGACUGAUAUAAACUUGGCGAAACCGAUAUUGAAGAUCAAAUUGAACCAAGAUGACGAAGUUAUUCAAUUGAUGUCGAAGAAUGCUAGUGGAUAUUACCAUAUAGUGUACAAAGGCACAACUUACAAAUUAUAUAUUAUAUCACAAAGAUCUGCAGACUAUCUCCAUGUAAUGCCUGAAAAAAUCAAAUUCGAUAUUUCGAAGCAGAUCAGAUCCCCAAUGCCUGGUCUAGUCAAAUCGAUUUCCUGCAGUAUUGGUGAUGAGGUCGCUGAAGGACAAGAACUGUGUGUGAUAGAGGCUAUGAAGAUGCAAAACUCGAUGGUAGCACAAACCAGUGGAAGAAUCAGAUGUAUUAAUAUUCACCCAGGAGAUACAGUUGGAGAUGAUGAUAUUUUGAUUGAAUUGGCUUAAAAAUAUUGUUCAAAUCUGUGAUACCUACUCAGUAAAGUUCUGAG